AUGGAUCCUCAUUAUGAAGACUUGUGGGCUUUUGAAAACAUUGAGGAAUCUUCACCUGAUACAUGUUUAGGAAAAACAAAAAAAUGGUUAAAAAUACCAGAGAAUAUACAAUUAUUAUUAACAAUAUUAUCUGUAUUUCUUGGUGUAUCAAUUGGUCUAUUAAUUCGAUAUAGUAUAAGUGAAAUAAGUUCACGUACUAUAAUACUUGUUGGAUUCCCUGGUGAAAUAUUAAUGAGUAUGCUGAAAAUGUUAAUUAUACCAUUGGUUAUAUCAACUUUAGUUGCAGGUAUGGCUAAUCUUGGUGGUAAAGCUGGUGGAAAAGUUGGCGCAUGUACAUUAACCUACUAUAUAACUACAACAUUUUCAGCUGUUAUACUCGGUAUUAUCUUGGUAACAUCAAUACGACCUGGAUAUAGUGGAAUUAAAAAAGAACGUGGUAGUGGAGCACUCAGUAAAGCGCCUAAAGUUGGAACAUUAGAUGCUAUUUUGGAUUUAUUCAGAAACAUAUUUCCACCUAAUAUUGUACAAGCAUGCACACAACAAGUUUCAAGUCGAUAUGUGACGAAGCCAAAGACAGAGGUGAUUAAUGGUGAAAAUGUAACGACAUAUACGGAAGUAUUAGAAACAAAAAUGGUCGAUUCAACAAAUAUACUCGGUCUUAUAACAUUUUCAAUUGUAUUUGGUUUAAUUGUUGGACAGCUACGUGAAAAAGGCAAAGUAUUACUAGAAUUUUUCAGUGUAGUUGAAGACAUUAUUAUGCGUGUUGUUCGUCUUGUAAUGUGGUUUGCUCCAAUCGGGAUAUUUUUUUUAAUACUUGCUAAAAUUAUUGCAAUAAAAGAUUUAAAGAAAACUGCCACUGGACUUGGUUUAUAUAUGGCAACUGUUACUGUCGGAUUAAUUAUUCAUUUAUUUAUUGUCUUAGCAUUGUUAUAUGCGCUGAUUCUACGAAAAAAUCCAUACAUCUUUUUCAAAGGUAUGCUACAAGCCUUUUUGACUGCAUUGGGUACAGCAUCUAGUUCAGCUACACUGCCAAUAUCACUGAAAUGUAUAGAAGACAAACUGAAAAUCGACAAAAGAGUUACACGUUUUGUAUUACCAGUUGGCGCUACUAUCAAUAUGGAUGGAACUGCACUAUAUGAAGCUGUGGCUAGUAUAUUUAUAGCUCAGGUUAAUGAUUUCUCUCUAAGUAUUCCUCAAAUUAUUACAAUCAGCCUAACGUCAACUUUAGCUGCUAUUGGAGCUGCAGCUGUACCAAGUGCUGGUCUAGUCACAAUGAUUAUUGUUCUGUCUUCUGUUGGAUUACCUAUCAAUGAUAUUUCGCUUAUUCUAACAGUUGACUGGAUAUUAGAUAGAUUUAGAACGUCAGUAAAUAUAAUGGGUGAUGCAUAUGGAGCAGCAAUUGUAGAACAUUUGUGUCGUAAAGAAAUCUCUGAUAUAUCAAAUCCAUCCAUACAAUUACAUCGUGGAGGUUUAGUUAUUCAAUUAGAUCAAAAAGAUAGAAGGAAUGUUAACAAAAGUAAUAAUGAUAACAACAAUAUGUGGGAUGAACAGUUGAACUUAUUAAACAGUGAAAUAAACAAAGGAAAUGGUCAAAUCAAAAAUUAA